UUAAUCUCUCUUCUAAAUAAAAAUGUUUAUAAUCGCAUGGCCAAAUGGUCCAUUUCAUUUUAAUUUACCAUCUAGACUCCAACAUGAUGAUUUCAUUAUUGCUAGCUCUUUCGUUCGUGCACUGUAUACAUGGAUGUAGAAAUGAAGAACCUGAGAUACCCUCAGAGGUGGACCCGUGUGACUCUGUGAAGUGUGUCCGGGGGUGGUGCGAGGCCUACUAUAACUCCACGACAUGUGUCUGCCAUGACGGAUUCUGGGGAUAUCUCUGUGAACACGAGGGUUCGACGGCUUCCUCCCUGUUUUGGGACUUCCUGCCCCUCCAAGAGGAGGCCUUCCUGACCGGACGUAUCAACAGUGAGGAGGAGGCUGUCCACCCCCUCUGUCAGGUCGGCUCGUUCCCCGGCCCCCAGCACAAACGGAGAGCCCGCCGGAACACGAAACGAUCGGCGGAUAAUGGAAAGAGGAGAUGGACAGAUGCCCAAAGCGCUUAGUGGGGCGUCGCUAGGCAUCGGGAACACCCAAAUGAG